AUGUGUUUGGAGAAAACAAUGAAACAAACAUUAGAACUACAAGUAUAUAUGCAUACUCAACUGUCGAAAUCGAUGAAGAAAUUUCAUUUUCAAAAUUAUUAUUCAAUAUAUUCUAUAUGUCGAGUAAUAUGUUGUCUACUGUUAGGAUUUACAACUGGUUUAUUAAUAUUAUUGAUUUGGAAAGUAUUCUUUGGAACAAUGUCAAAUUAUCAACAACUUUAUGAAUAUCAUACUAAUCGGAAAAAUUACUUAUCUGAUAUAUUAACAGAGUUUAUUGUAAAAAAUAUUGUGAGUAGUAGUAGUAGUAGUAGUAGUAGUUUUGGCAUUACAACAAAUAAUAAUAAUAAUAAUAAUAAUAAUAAUAAUGACAAGUUAGAUACAAAUGCACCCACUAUGAAUGACUACUAUUCAACCAGCAUAAAUGAACAGAAUAAACAAGAGACGAGAAUACCUCCAAUAACAAUUAUUAACUCAUUUGAUGUCAAUAAAACUAAUAGUCAUACAAAGUUACAUAUUAACGUAGAUACAGACUAUUCUACAAAAUUGUAUAAAAAAGUUAGAAUAUUAUGUUAUAUUAAUACACAUCCAGAGAAUUAUUAUAAAAAAGCAAUACAUGUACAUAAUACAUGGGCUAGAAGAUGUACAAAGCAUCUAUUUAUGAGUACGAAACCUGAUCCCAUUCUACCGAUUGCUGUUUUAAAAUUACCAUAUCCAGAAUCGAAAAUGCAUUUAUGGAGUAAAUUUCGCAUUAUACUUCGUUACAUUUAUCAAUUUCGUAAUGAUUAUGAUUAUUUUCUAAAAACUGAUGAUGAUACUUAUGUAAUCAUUGAAAAUUUAUUGCACGUUUUGCAAAAUUAUUCACCAGAUAAACCUUUUAUGAUUGGACAUCGAUUUCCGAUUAUAGUUCGAAAUGGUUAUUUUUCUGGUGGUGCAGGUUAUGUUCUAUCGAGAGAAGCAUUGAAACGUAUAGUAGAACAAUCCAUUGAUAAACAUCCUAAAUGUCCAGUUUAUGAUGAAAAUAUGGAAGAUGUAAAAAUGAGUAUAUGUGGACAAGCAGUUGGUGUUCGUUUAUACGAUGUAUUUGAUAUACUUGGUCGUUUUCGACUCCUUUGGACAUCACCUGAUUUAUUGUUGAAUUUUACAUCUUAUCGAAAAUUGAAAUGGCGUCCUGUCAAGUUACAACCAAACUCUUUAUAUGCAGCACCACAUCAGUCAUUACUUAGUGAUGGUGGAAUCAGUUUUCAUUAUAUUACACCAGAUAUGAUGUAUAUGUUAGAAUAUUUCUUAUAUUAUAUACGUCCAAUUGGAUUAGUAAAUGAUUUCAUUCAAUUACCAGAUGAAAUUUGUAAUCAGCAAUAA